GUUGCGUUCCAUGCCUCUCGAAAACCGGCGCCGCGAUUCACGGCAGAAGAAAAAUCGAUGUUGAUAAGCUUCGUUAAUAAGUACAAGAAAGUGCUAGAGUGCAAGAAAACAGAUGUCGCGUCUCUGAGUGCGAAGACACAAGCAUGGAAGCGGUUGUGCACGGAGUACAACGCCCAGCACGGCGUAACUGCUCGCGACUUCAAACAAUUGAAGAAGUGCUGGGGAAACCUAAAACAGAAGUGGAAGGAAGAAAAGUCAGAAGAGAAGCGGAAGAUUUUGAAGACAGGAGGAGGACCAGCCCCUGCCGGCAUGACUACAACGUCGGUUUUGGUGGGAGCUGUUGCGAGUCAUAUGGCCACUAGAAUACGAAAUGACGACGACUCGGACGGAGCAGUGUACCUGCCGCCGGUUCAAAGCGAACCAGUCAUCCGGCUGCUACAGCCGAUGAUUACUGGCAACGACGUGCCUGUUUCACAAUACUACGAAGAGCUGAGCAAUCCUGACAGCCGGCUGCAAGAUGCAGUAAUGGAAACAGGAAAUGACGGCACAACCACCCCGCAGCCUCCUGAUUCAAAUGAAAUGCUUGGUGCGUGCGCAGCCAAUGAUGCCUCAAGCCAGCCACCCCAUGCUCCUUGCAGUGCUGGUGCAAACUCCACCAGAAAAGACAGUGCGCCACUCGACGCUGUGCAGAUUCCGGUUGCUACUACAAGACCAUCUAGUAGCAGAAUGGCGCUAUUGGAAAAGACACUUUCGGAGGAAAACGACAUUCGCGUCAAUUUAAUGCGCGAGGAGCAUGAACUCCGAAUGCGGAUUUUGCAGGAGGACCACGAUGACAUAUUAAAAAAAAGAGAUGAAAAGCAUAAAUUAGAAAUGGAGAUUUUGCAAGCGCGAAAAGACGCAGAAUUGCGUAAAGUGAUGGUGUUACGCGAGCAAUAGACGUGGAGUGAAGCGAGUGGCGUGCAAGGAAAACGGGGUGGGGGGGGGGGAUGCACUCAUGCUACCUCGGGAGGAGAGGGGAGCAAGCAGGUGCUGGUGCGAGUCUUUCAUGCCAGAUCGCGAAGGACAAAGAAAUUACUGUGGGCUAGAUGAGCUCCUGGGUCGCAGUUCUUACUUUCGAGGCCGUGUGCCGAAGUGCAAUCAAUCCAGCGAAAACACGGGGAACGCGGUAGGUGUAAAUUUAAGACGAUGAGCAAAACGAAAAUAUAAAAAAAGGAUUGCGGGGGAGGGGGGGGGGGAGUUAUACAGUAGAGAAUCCCGCACUCUCCGCGUUGUUCAUGCCUCUUUCACCAAAAGGGAAACCUACAGCGACACGUGAACCGGAUAACACCACGGCGCUACCUUACAUUCCUCCACAGACAUUGAGUAGCACACCUAUAUUUUCAAUUCUGCAAACUCGCCGCUAACAGACUCUCGAUUGUUGCCUCGCCCACACGCCUUACCCCCUGUCCAUUUUGAAAGCACCAUACCUAUGUGCACUGUGUCAAGAGAGCAUAUGUCACCUUGAAAAAAUAUAAGUCCACUUGUCGGAACGUUGGCUCCUGUUGUUAUGCUGUUACCGAGUUGUUUGGGUCGUUGAAGUCAAUGAAGCUUUUCAUGCUAUUUUUUUAUUGGAGGAGAUCACUCGUUUUUACAUUUCUUGACCAGAGGUACCUUGGCGGAUGGUACAGUGUACUACCUGUUCUCUCGAUUUACUUUUACUGCAAUAAAGAUAAAAUAUGAUAUACGACUA